GGAAAACCCGAGAGGCGACUGACCCAAUCUCUUCAGGCUUCAGAGACUUCACCUCCAAUGGCGACUCCAGUGAAAGUGUACGGUCCACCCUUGUCCACGGCUGUCUCUAGAGUUUUGGCCUGCCUUCUUGAGAAAGAUGUGAAUUUCCAGCUUAUCUCUGUUAACAUGUCCAAAGGCGAGCACAAGGUUCCUGAUUUCCUCAAAAUCCAGCCAUUUGGCCAAGUUCCCGCGUUUCAAGAUGAAGAAAUCUCCCUGUUUGAAUCCAGGGCAAUAUGCCGGUACUUAUGCGACAAGUAUGCAGAUAAGGGAAACAGGGGAUUGUACGGGACUAACCCAUUGGUGAAAGCUUCAAUAGAUCAGUGGCUCGAGGCUGAAGGGCAGAGCUUUAAUCCUCCGAGCUCAGUCCUGGUUUUCCAGCUCGCGUUCGCACCGCGAAUGAAGAUCAAGCAAGACCCAGCUGUGAUUAAACAGAACGAGGAGAAGCUCGGAAAAGUACUCGACGUCUACGAGCAGAGGCUUGGGGAGAGUCGGUUCUUGGCUGGCGAUGAGUUCUCUCUGGCUGAUCUCUCGCAUUUGCCUAAUACCCAUUACUUGGUGAGCGCAACAGAUAGAGGGGAGCUUUUCACUUCCAGGAAGAACGUCGGCAGGUGGUGGGGUGAGAUCUCCGGCCGGGAUUCCUGGAAAAAGGUUGUGCAGAUGCAGAAGCAGGGGGCUUGAAUGGCUAAAGCCGCUGUGCAAUGAGGGUUGUUGUGUCAUCGUGCUUUUUUCCCUUCCCGUUUUGCUAAUCAUGAUUAAGAAUGUGUUUGCCUCAUUGCCUGUUUGGUUUUGAUAAUAAAGUUUUCUUCUUCCCGUCGGCAAAAAUCCAAAG